GGGUAAUAGUCUGACCGGCGAAGUGUCUCAAUUCGCGACUCCUCCUUUUCCCUCGCUGCCCGUGCACCGCCCCGUGACACACACAACUGCUGCCGCAAAGGCACCGGUGGUGGAGCAGAUAGGGGCGGGACAAGGAGUUGACGGGAGGGAAGAGCGCCAGGGAUCCAUCCAUCGCCCACCGGCCACCGCCCCGUCCGCCCGGCCAUGGCGAUGGCGCCGAGGAGGCGGACGCUGCUCAAGGUCAUCGUCCUCGGCGACAGCGGGGUCGGGAAGACGUCGCUGAUGAACCAGUAUGUGAACAAGAAAUUCAGCCAGCAGUACAAGGCGACCAUCGGCGCCGACUUCCUCACCAAGGAGGUCCUCAUCGAGGACAGGCUCGUCACCUUGCAGAUAUGGGAUACGGCAGGGCAGGAGAGGUUCCAGAGCCUCGGCGUGGCCUUCUACAGGGGAGCCGACUGCUGCGUGCUGGUCUACGACGUCAAUGCCAAAAGAACCUUCAAUACGCUCGGUACCUGGCACGACGAGUUCAUCAACCAAGCUGGCCCAUCAGACCCGAAGCAGUUUCCCUUCAUUUUGGUCGGGAACAAGGUCGAUCUGGACUCUGGGAGCAGACGAGUGGUUCCCGAGAAGAAAGCAAAGGACUGGUGCGUCGCCAAGGGCGACAUUCCCUACUUUGAAACCUCGGCCAAGGACGACUGCAAUGUCGACACUGCUUUCCUGUGCAUCGCCAAGCUUGCCUUGGAGCAUGAGCACGAUCAAGACAUCUACUUCAAUUCAGUUGCAGAACAAGGCCCUAAACCUGAAGGACAGACGAGCGGAUGCGCGUGCUAGCUAGCAUCUUGGCAUUUCUGUUCAGUGGCUACAAUUCUGCCUGCGCGCACUACAUUUGUCGCGCCGUAGGUACGAUGUAUGACUUGCUUCUGUGUCCGUUCUUGAAUGUAAUGUACCAUACGGUAGUUAGUGACUGAUCAACAGUUGCAAGCUAUGCUCCCCUAGCUGGGCAAUAAAAUGUAAACAGUUCCGACAAAGCCAUUGUUGUCAAACUAAUUCUUCGUCGGUUGUAACAUGUAGCAUUUCAACCGCUUGAUCUGAUUGUAACAGAGCAUACUCACUCUAGUUCACUGCAAAUAAAUAAACUGCAUUCUGGUUUUUUCCCA